CAAAACACAACACCUUCCAAACGGCCGGACUCUCACGCACCAAACCUAGCCCCAACUCUUAAACCCUUUUCAUUCUUUUUUCGUUUUUUAGCUGAUACUAAAAUGUUGUCUUCAAACAAUUAUCUCAUGGCUGUUCCGAACAAAGUUCUCUUUACUGUCGUAUUAACAAGGUUAACUGUCCCUCUCGAUUAGCUUCCACUCGCCGUGUUGAUGAACAUGGAUUUGCGAGGGAAGAAACUCAUCAACGACCCUAAUGAUGUGGUGACCGAAUUCAUUGAGGGUCUCGUUCAAACUUUUCCUUGCUUGCAAUAUUUAGAUGGUUUUCCAGAGGUUAAGGUUGUGCUGCGUGCUGAUGUUUCAAAUGCAACAUACGACAAAGUUGCUGUAAUAUCAGGAGGUGGAAGUGGGCACGAACCCGCUUAUGCAGGAUUUGUAGGAGAAGGGAUGCUAACAGCUGCUAUCUGUGGAGAUGUUUUUGCCUCUCCGUCUGUUGAUUCGAUUCUCGCUGGCAUACGAGCUGUGACUGGUCCUAUGGGUUGCCUUCUCAUUGUCAAGAAUUACUCUGGUGAUCGGUUAAACUUUGGCUUGGCCACUGAGAAAGCAAAAUCUGAAGGUUACAACGUUGAGUUGGUAAUUGUAGGAGAUGAUUGUGCUUUUCCACCACCACGGGUCAGAGCUGGACGAAGAGGUUUGGCUGGGAUUAUUCUUGUUCAUAAGGUUGCUGGAGCUGCCGCUGCCUCUGGCCUCUCUCUCGAUGAUGUUGCUACAGUAGCAAAACAUGCAUCUGAAAUGGUUGGAACAAUGGGUGUUGCAUUGUCUGGUUGCACACUGCCAGGCCAGGUCUUGUCAGACCGUCUCAUCCCCGGAAAGAUGGAGCUUGGUAUAGGAAUUCAUGGGGAACAAGGUAUUGCUGUGGCUGACCUUACGCCUGUGGAUAUGGUGAUUUCUUGUGUUCUUAAGCAUAUAUUAUCACGGGAUAAAAAUUAUGUUCCAAUUACGCGAGGGAGUCGAGUGGUGCUUAUGAUUAACGGAUUAGGUGCCACACCCAUAAUGGAACUGAUGAUUGUUGCUGGAAAAGCAGUUUCUAGAUUGCAGUUGGAACAUGAACUUGCUGUUGAUAGAGUGUAUAGUGGGUCAUUUAUGACUACUCUUGACAUGGCAGGAUUUUCGGUUUCCAUCAUGAAGGCAGAUCAAGCACUCUUGCAACUCUUGGAUGCUGCAACCAAGGCUCCAUAUUGGCCCAUUAAUAUAUAUGGUAAUCAACCAACUUCCGAGGUACCUGAUCCAAUUCCACGAUCUUAUUCAACAAGGAGUGAUGAGGAUCGAGACUUGACAGAAAUUUCUAGGAGAAGUACUCGCAUCAAGAAUUUACAAAAGAAGCCUAGUGCUAGAAUGUUUCCAAGAACUUCUCAUUCGUUUGAGGCCCCUCCUAGACCUCGCCAGGAAAGUGGUGAUUACUCCUCAGUGCCUUGUGAGCUACCGGCUUCAAUUAAAGCUUCAACUCUCCCGCAUGACAAAGGUGAUGGCCCGACAUGCCUGGCUCCUCCUCAAACGACUGCUUCAUUAUGCCAUUCUCUUUCAAAUGAAGAGUUGAGCAAAAUGGAAUCGCAGAAUGGAGCUCUUGCUACUCCAACAAGAUCAAAGAGAAGUGUUAGGGCUACCCCCCUUAGAGGGAAGCGAACCAGAAGAGGAAGGAAGUAGAUAGAUGUUCAAAUUGACUAUGAAGCACCUACGGACCUUGGAAGUGUAAUGUUUGAACCUUUUAAUCUCUUGGUGGAAGUGUAAUGUUUCGACUUUUAAUCUCUUGGUGGAAGUUUAAUGUUUCGAACCUCGGAACCUUGCUC